AGAGAAAGUGAGUGAGAGAGAGAGAGAGGGGUAGAGAGAGAGAGAGAGGCCACACGAUGAAUAGCACGUCCCGGGGCGGUCAGGACCAGUUCACUUGGGAGGAGGUGAAGACGGACAAACACCGAGAGAAUUACCUCGGGAACUCGCUGAUGGCUCCGGUGGGGAGGUGGCAGAAGGGGAAGGACCUGACCUGGUACGCCAAGGGGAAGAGCAGCCGUGGGCAGGCUCUGUCCAGGGAGGAGGAGCUGGCUGCCGUGCGCCAGGCCGAGCAGGAGGCGCUGCGAGCCGCCCUAGGCCACGGGAAUUACAAGCGGAAACCCACAGGAGUGAGCAAAGAGGAGUUGGCUGAGGUGUGUAAGCGAGAAGCCUCCGACCCGGACAGUAAGGACGUUGACCGAGUGUUGGGUCUCGGCAGCUCCAGUGGGAGUUUGCCCAGGAUGUCACUGACACAAGAGGAUCGUAAGGCAGCCAAGCUCGGCCUGUCUGUCUUCACGCAUCAAACGUCCGAUCAAAUCCCAGAGCUCUGUCAGCAGCAACCCAGAGUGACACCAGAUAGUGUCUGUGACAGGUCACAGGCCAGAAAGAAACACAAGAAAGAGAAGAAGAAGAAAAAGGAGAAGAAGAAAAAGAAACACAAAGAUCGAACGAGAGACGAUUCCAGAGAGAGGAAGGUCCGGUCAUCACGGAAACGGCACAGUCCAUCAGCCCAGCCCCCGGUAGGGGAGGGGCGGGGGCGAGCUCGCCACGACACCGAGACGUCGGAGGAGGAGAGCGGAGCGAUCCAGCCACACCGCGCCAGGGCCACCAAACGCCGGAGAGACAGCCGAUAGCAAAGAGCUGAGGCCAGCGGUGACGGCGGUGGUGGAGG